AUGGAAUUAGAAGAUAAGCAGAAUGUAACAGUAUUUUUCAUACAAGGCUUGACCGAUUUCCCAAAACUGCAAUUCACAAUUUUCUUGUUGUUUUUGCUGAGCUAUGUCAUCGUUUUCUUAGGAAACAUAACAAUUUUUGUUGUUAUUCUGCAUGAUCCUCACCUUCACACUCCUAUGUACAUUUUCCUGAUGAACCUUUCACUGACCGACAUCGGUAACACCUCGAAUGUUCUACCAAAAAUGUUAACUAUUCUUCUAACGCAACGUAAGACCAUUUCCUUUGAGGGAUGUAUGACUCAGUUGGUUAUGUUUAUAUCUCUGACAGUUACUGAGGUUCUAAUUCUUUCAGCCAUGGCUUAUGACCGAUAUGUGGCAAUUUGUCACCCCCUCCAUUACUUUAUCUUGAUGAGUUUAAGAUACACCUUUAUACUCAUAGUUGCAUCUUGGACCAUUGGUUUUCUGGACACUACAGGACACGCUGUCCUUGUGUCUAAACUGUCCUUCUGUGAAACCCAUCUGAUUGAUCACGUUUUUUGUGAUCUUACAACAUUGUUGAAGAUCUCCUGCAGCGACACCUUUAAAGUGGAAAUGUUAACCUUCAUCGAAGGGGGAAUAUUUACCGUUCCUGCUUUCCUGCUCACUUUCAUCUCAUAUAUAUUUAUUGUUUACACAGUUCUGAAAAUAAAGUCAUCAGGAGGUCGACGAAAGGCAUUUUCUACCUGUGCUUCUCAUCUGACCUGCGUUACUAUGUAUUAUGGAACCUUAAUCCCUUUGUAUAUGAGACCCACAUCAAGCUAUUCUCCCAAACAGGAUAAAUUUUUUUCUCUUUUAUAUAUUGUCUUGAUCCCAAUGCUUAAUCCUGUUAUAUACACACUGAAAAACCAGGAUAUUAAAGAGGCUAUGAAGAGACUAAUGAACAAAAUACAUUUUUGUGAUGCUCAUUUUUAA